AUGGGUAGCGAUUGGUGGUACGGGUGGCGGUACCUUGGUUCACAUGAAACUGUUGAAGAUGAGUUCAUGUUAAAUGUUACUUCAUCUGAUUCUGUCGAUGAAAGUAAAACCAUCUCGGCAGAAUAUUUGUCUGAUGAUAGAGAUCCUAUUUUACAAAUGUUGGAUGCUAGAACAGUUCUUAAAACUAAAAAUAUUGACAAUAAGCAAAUUCAAGUUAUUACACCAGGUAUUUAUUAUCAUUUUGGUAUUGAAAUUGGUCUAAGAGGUUUGGGUGAUUGGUUUCAAUUUAAUGAUGAAACAAUAAAAAUUGUUAUUGGUAUUGAUGGCUUACCAUUAACAAAGAGUUCCCAAAGUAGUUUUUGGCCUAUUUUAGGAUAUGUUCGUAAUUUUCCUGGAAAAUCUAAAAUAUUUUUAAUUGGUUUAUAUUGGGGUAAAGAAAAAGCAAAGGAUAGUAAUACAUUUUUAAAAUACAUGGUCAAUGAAUUUAAGGAACUAUAUCAAAUUGGUUUUAAAACACCCCAUGGUACAAAAAAAGUAGUGAUCGAACUUUUUUGCUGUGAUGCUCCCGCAAAAAGCUAUAUUUUAAAAACAAAAAGCCACAAUGGUUUCUAUUCAUGUACUAGAUGUAAUGUUGAAGGGAUCUAUUUAGAUAAUAGAGUAUGUUUUCCAGAUAAAGAAUUUAUUAAAAAAACUCAUUUGGAUUUCAUUAGUCCUGUACAUGAAGAGUAUCAUGUGACUGAAAGUGUUUCUAUUUUGACAGAGCUCCCAGAAAUUUAUAUGGUGUAUAGUUUUAGCUUGGACUAUAUGCACCUAACAUGCCUAGGGGUAGUUAAAAAAUUAAUCAUGUAA